UUUCUAUGUCACUCCAACAAUUUUGAAUGAGAAAUUCUUAGUUUUAAAUCGUUAAAAUUUAGAUUGAGCAGUUUGGAACAUGUUAAUGAUACUUUUAAAAGAACAAGAAUUGUGGAACUUUAUUGCAGAUUCAGUGUAUGGAUAAACCCAUUUGUGCAGAUCUUUUGAAUCGUUUAAAGCAGGUGCAUUAUUCUGAAGAUACUUUAAAGUUUGGGAAUUUCAAGUUAUAGAAAAGAGAAUAUAAACUUAUGGACCGACUCAAUGGUGCUGCCAAUCUAAUGAUAGUGUCAGAUCUUGAUUUUACAAUGGUAGACCAUGAUGAUCCAGAGAAUCUUGCUCUUCUCAGGUUCAAUGCUUUGUGGGAAGCUUAUUAUCGUCAUGAUUCUCUGCUAGUUUUCUCCACUGGGAGAUCCCCUACUAUUUAUGGAGAUUUAAGAAAACAGAAACCUUUGUUGACUCCUGAUAUCACUAUAAUGUCUGUGGGUACUGAGAUUACAUAUGGUGAAUCCAUGGUACCUGAUGAUGGUUGGAAACAGUAUCUGGAUCAUAAGUGGGACAGAGACGUGGUUUUGGAGGAAACAGCCAAGUUUCCUGAAUUAACUAUGCAAUCAGAAACAGAACAACGGCCUCACAAGGUCAGCUUUUAUUUGGAAAAAGGGAAGGCCCCAAAUGUUGUCAAAGCUCUCUCAAAAUGUCUGGAGAAACGUGGGUUAGAUGUGAAAAUAAUUUAUAGCAAUGGUAUUGCUUUGGAUGUAUUACCCCAAGCUGCUGGAAAAGGAAGGGCACUUGCUUUCGUACUUGAAAAACUAAAUGCUGGUGGACUUGGANAGUGA